AUGGAGGCGUGGUUUAACCAAACAGAGAAACAUGGACUGCCAGCGCAGCGGGCGGCAACAGAGGGUGAAAACGAAUAUUUUCCACAAGAUGCCCACACGGUGACACAUACCGCCAAGAUGGGUGGGCAUGCAGAACGGCCAUUUACGGCGUUGGGGGCUCAACCCCAGGUGGGGGUGCGAGGAAUUCAAGCGCUGAAGAAUAAGUUCGUGGAAAAGGGUUUGCGACCAGAAGAAAAAUAUCCGGACCUUCGAGGGCGCCUUGGAGUAUUUAUUGGAGACCUCCCCAGAACAGCUGCCGGCGGCUUAUCGCGGCCUCUUCCAGUUACCCAUGAAGCCUGCUUUUGGCUUUUGCCAGGCGUGGGGCAAUUUUGUGGCAUGGAUUUACGCUAUCCGCCGCGAGGGCAUGUCGGCCGAACUGACGCAAUUGGGCAGACGUUUAUAUUAUCAGCUUCGGGCGCCUCAGGCGGCGAAGGAAAACCCCGGAGUCAACAUCCAAACUCUUGUCAACGCCAUCCGCAAUCCCAGAAAAGAAGAAAACCCUGUUUUUCAGCUGGUGCAGAGAGCGAAAAAACAUCCCGCCCAUCCCCCGAGAUAUGCACGAUGUGUUCGAUUUGGCCGCACAGGGCAUUACAGCACAACUUGCUAUGUGCAGGUAAAAAAGACUCCGUUUAA